AUGGAAAGACCCCGACGACAAGGCGCGAACCCCCCCCCCAUAUCCCACUUCCACUUCCACGCGCCGUCCAGCCACAUUCAGCGGGUCGAGAUGCAGGCGGAUGAGCGGGAUAGGAAGGGCCGAGAAGUCGGAAUAGCUUCAUCGAAUCCCACACCAGCCGCAGAAUCUUCAACUCUGCUGCCGGCGCCCAUCGCAAACGUCGUGAGCUUGGCUACGCGAUCUGGCUCUCUAUACCUCCGCCUCGGGACGUUCAUCGGGGGGCUGGCCCUGGAUGGCGCACGAGUCACAACCUUGACUGGGCUGGAGGUAAGUCGAGCAGCUUUUGAAGGCAUCCUACACCGGGCCGGGCGCGAUGUAUACCUGCGGAGCAGAGGGCAGCUGGGGAAGGUGGAGGCAGAGGGCAUUCUGGAACGGAGUAUCGCGACGCUACAUUCCACCAUCACGAAUAUAUCUUUCGCGGCCUCCACCGGCUUCUACAUCUCCUCCACAGCAUUACACGGCGCGGGAGACCUGUCACAGCAGUUGCUGUUUACGCUGGACAGCAUACUGGGGAGCACGGAUUCGAGUAGGGCCAUUGCCAGUAUUGUUACGCUCAUACGGAGGGAGUUUCAAAAUCCGGCUACCGGGCAGGAAGGCGAGAAGGUCGGAGUCGCGGAUCUUCUGCUUGGGAUCUGCGGAUUAGCACUGCUGCAGAGGUGGUGCAAGAAGAUCACAGAUGCCGAGGGGACUGGGGACGCCGUGGUAUGGGAUGUCGUGGUGCUGGACGACGGGAGAAGGGCCGAUGUCAUCAGCAAGGACGAUGUACCGAAUGCUGAAGAGGAUGUGGCAAGGACGCACUCCAUUUCAUUUGUGGCUCCAGGUAGAGAUGAGGUUGUCCAGACCAUCGAGCGAGAGAGCAGGUUACAAGACGAGUCCGAGGAUGACCUGCCGGAGAUCAACCUCAGGCAAAAGAUCAUGAGGUCCCUGCCGGCCGACGCUUCGGUGUCAAUUACCACAGAAACUACCACUACGAAAACGAUUACAGUGGAGAUCACUGGGGCACAGCCUCUGGAUCUGUCACCGCCCCACGGUGUCGAGAUUGUGGAAGAGGAUGUUCAUCACACGCCAGAGUUAGAUCUCGAUGGCCAUGCCUUGACGAAUGAACCGAGAAACGGCUCGUUGACUCCCAGGUAUAGAGUGGUCUAUCGGAUUGCUCGAAGCACAUUUCGAGGCACCGACAUUGAGCGGAAAAAAGAGACUGGUAAGGAAAACGAAAUUGAGGAGAGCGACGACGAAGAAAAUCUCCCAGCUACAGAAGAUAGAAGAGUCCUCGAGGAUAGUGAGAUUAGCAAACCGUCAAUGCUUUUUCCUGAUUUGCCGCCAGAACCACCCGGGAAGGGUAAGUCGAGAAAGUUAUCUUCCGACGUCAUGAACACGGAUCGCUCGCCUAGAUCAACUGCACCGGGAUUCGGCAAUCUCCUUGGAUUCUCGUCCAUACCGAUCCCGAAGUCUCCAGAGCAUGCUGCGAACCAGAAGCGGACUCGCAGACCAAUGAGCUCUGCAUCUUCGACUUCGGAUCUCCCCCAUCUCAGGAAAGUGGCCGCGAAGCCUCCGGCGACGAAGAAGCCUCUUUUGGAGCGGCCGCCCACUAAACCCUCCGAGAAGAAGGGUUCGUUCCGAAAUGUUCUCAGAAAGGGAUCCGGGACAGCACUUCCAAACUUUUGGAAUAAAGACAGCGCUGCACAGUCAAAGACCAAACCACCUCCAAUGAAACCUAGCUGGGAAAUUUCGGGUCCAUCGUCGGCCUCAAAAUCAAACCUUCCAGUUCCUCAUCGUAACUCUGGCAUGAUUUCUGCCCGGGAUACACCUAAGCCUCCGCAGCGAGACGACCCAAAUUACUUUUCGUCCCGGGACCUUGGCUCGAUGCAGCCGGCCGACACUCAAAGGAGUCCCUCGAGUGGAAGUUACUACUCGGUCCACGAGCGACGACGAGACUCACUACUCUCUCAAACUGACACCUACUCUAUACAUUCGGCUGAAACACGGCCUGGAUCGCCAACGGCGUUCAGGACUCACCUGAAAGCUCAGAGCAAUCUGAUAAGGGCACGGUCCGAGAAGAACAUUGUGAAGCAACCAGUCUCUCCGAUUCUCCAGCAUCGAAGAUCAAAGAGUGUUGUGCCGAGUAUAUAUACACUCGGAGCGAACAACUCGGCAACAUCACUGGUCCUGGCGAGCCAACCAAGUCGCAGCGCUUUCGAAAGCUCCGAGACGCUUGAAGCUCUGGCUCACACUGGGUUCAUUGAUGGAUUGUUCCCACAGCAUCAUAUCGUUCGGAAUAUCACUAGAUUCGUGCGGUUUGCAUCCGCUUCAUAUGGGGCCAGUUUUCUUCGCGUUAUGGGCAUCGUGACUUCGAAAGGUCCGACAGCGAAAGAGAUUGAAACGUCCCAUCAUCAUGAACACCACUCAUUCUCUACUCACACUCAGCUGCCGCCCUCGACCAUUCUGUUAUCGUCUUUUGUAGAUCCCCAAGGUGGUACCGACGCGAAUGGUAACACAAAUACGGGUGUUCCAAUGGUACACUUCGUUUCCCUCGACCACGAGUCCAGAGCCGUAGUCCUCACCUGUCGUGGAACACUUGGUUUCGAAGACGUUCUGACCGACAUGACUUGCGACUACGACGAGCUCGAGUACAGAGGGAAAGCAUAUAAGGUUCACAGGGGCAUGCAUGCUUCAGCUAGGCGACUCCUUGAUGGUGGUGGUGGACGCGUAAUGGCCACCAUCACAGCUGCUUUGGAGGAAUUCCCUGACUACGGGCUGGUGAUGUGUGGUCACUCCCUUGGUGGAGGCGUAACAGCUCUACUCGCCAUUCUUAUCUCCGAGCCCUCCUCUGAUUCCUCGUCGACGGCUUUCUUCACAUCGUCUAACUAUACGUCAUCGCAUCUCCGUCUCAGCUCAUCUCAGACUGAGCAGAGUUCCGCUCCGUCAAGAAUACAUCUUCCACCAGGUCGGCGAGUGCAUGUAUACGCGUACGGCCCACCAGCCACCCUCUCCCCGUCGCUCCGACUCGCCACUCGGGGUCUAAUCACCACGAUCAUCAAUGGUCAAGAUCUGGUCCCCUACCUUUCUCUUGGCGUGCUUCAUGAUCUCCAAGCUGUAGCUCUUGCCUUCAAGACUGACGACUCAGGCGCCAAGGGUGAAGUUCGAAAACGUGUAUGGGCGGGGAUCACCGGCACAUUCAUGGAUAACUGGUACGCCAACCGUCCUCCGGGAAUGAACACCGAGGACGACGACCAAUGGGCAUAUUCUGCUCUAAAAGCCCUCCGUGCAUCCAUGUUAUCGGCCAAACUGUUGCCGCCGGGAGAAGUCUUUGUGGUGGAGACCAUGCCGGUCUUGCAGCGAGAUGCGCUCGUGACUGGCGGUAAUGGCGAGGCGAGGGACCUGGGUCGGCCGGCUACGAGAAGCGUCUUGAAAUACGUGCGCGAUGUGGAAAAGCGAUUUGGUGAGAUCCGGUUCGGUGGAAGUAUGCUACUGGAUCACAGUCCCGGUCGAUACGAGAUGAGUCUGGGUGCACUUGGGAAAGGUGUCCUGGGAUAG